GUCGCUCUGGAUAAGGGCAUCCACCAAAUGCCAUAAAUGUAAAAUGGCUGUUUGGUGUGCUAUGUGUAAAAAUGACUGGUGAACUCUGACAGCUUGCAGGUUUGUUCAUCAUGAGCUCAAAGUUUACAGGUGACCCGCAGUGACGUCAUAACGAGUCUUUCAUAUUCUCUUGUAGACUUUAAAAAAAAAAAAAAAAAAAAAAAAACAGGAGGUGAAUUGUUACAUAGUGUUGGAUAUAAUACAAGGAUUUCAGACUUCCUUGGCAUUUGCUUCGACACGCCCACUCUGGAGAACUUCCCCUCUUGUGUUUGUGUUCCUGUGUUGAAGAAAGUUCUUGAGUUCCUCUGCUGGAGCUUUGAGACGUCGUUUCUUUUCUUUUCUUUUUUUAUUUUUUUUUUUGUUUUCUGUCUUUUUCUGUCUAUUUUCCUCUUUUGCAACUUCUGCAAUGGCUCUCCGGAACGCUCUGCUUCAUAUCAGCCGUAAAUCGCUGCACAAUGACACGAGCACGCGGGUUCUGCUGCAGCGUCGCGCGCUGCACAGCUCCACUGUGCCCGAAGAACCCGCACGAGACGCUACCGACGCCGAGCUGAAGCACGCGGGACCGGUAAAGAGCCUGCGGGAAAUGCCCGGUCCUAGCGCCAUUGGGAACCUCAUCGAGUUCUUCUACAGAGACGGCUUCAGCCGCAUCCACGAGAUCCAGAUGGAGCACAGUCAGAAGUACGGGAAGAUCUUUAAGUCACGCUUUGGGCCGCAGCUGGUCGUGUCGGUAGCGGGCCGAGACUUGGUGGAGCAGGUGCUCAGGGCUGAAGGUGUAGCGCCUCAAAGAGCCAACAUGGAGUCAUGGAAAGAGUACAGAGACAUGAGAGGACGUGCCACUGGCCUCAUCUCUGCUGAGGCUGAUGAUUGGCUGAAGAUGCGCAGUGUGCUGCGACAGCUCAUCAUGCGUCCACGCGAUGUUGCAGUAUUCUCAGACGACGUUAAUGAAGUGGUGGCAGACCUGGUGGUAAAAGUGCGCAAACUGCGCAGACAGCAGCCAGAUGGACUUACAGUCCUCAACGUCAACGACCUGUUCUUCAAAUUUGCUAUGGAAGGUGUGGCAUCCAUCUUGUACGAGACCCGUCUGGGCUGCUUGGAAGACGAGAUUCCCAAGAUGAGCCAGGAAUACAUAGAGGCCCUCCAUCUCAUGUUUAGCUCCUUCAAGACUUCCAUGUAUGCCGGCGCCAUCCCCAAAUGGCUGCGACCCAUCAUUCCCAAACCGUGGGUGGAGUUCUGCCGUUCCUGGGAUGGCCUUUUCAAAUUCAGCCAGAUCCACAUUGACAGGAAGUUGGCGGGGAUCAAGCAGAAGGUGGAGAGGGGAGAGGAGGUGAAAGGAGGUCUGCUUACUCACAUGCUGGUCACCAAGGAGAUGAAUCUGGAAGAGAUCUACGCCAACAUGACUGAAAUGCUCUUGGCUGGUGUGGACACGACGUCUUUCACAUUAUCGUGGAGUACAUACCUCCUGGCCAAGCAUCCCGUGGUACAACAGGAGAUCUAUGAGGAAGUGACGCGUGUACUCGGUGGACGAGUCCCAACUGCUGAUGAUGUUCCUCAGCUGCCACUCAUUAAGGGACUCGUCAAGGAGACACUCAGGCUUUAUCCUGUUCUUCCUGGAAAUGGUCGAAUCACUCAGGACGACCUCAUCGUUGGAGGUUAUUUCAUCCCCAAAGGCACUCAGCUGGCUCUUUGUCAUUACUCCACCUCCAUGGAUGAGGAGAAUUUUCCCAAAGCGGAAGAGUUCCGUCCCGAACGCUGGCUCCGUAAAGACACUUUGGAUCGAGUGGAAAAUUUUGGCUCCAUUCCUUUCGGCUACGGCAUCAGGAGCUGCAUCGGCAGGAGGAUAGCAGAACUCGAGAUGUACUUGGCUCUCACCCAGCUCCUUCAGAAGUUCCACAUCGAGGUGUCUCCGCUCACAGGCGACAUCCAAGCCAAAACUCAUGGCCUGCUGUGUCCCGCAGCUCCCAUCAAUGUCAGGUUUAUCGACCGUGUAUAAACCCCCAUCCCCUUCCUGAAUGUACAUAUAACGUAUGUUUAAAUUAUUCUGACAUUGUUGCUCAUAGUUGUAUAAGAAAAUCAUAAUCAUAAUGUUAUACAUGGAAAGAAACAACAACAAAGUUAAUCUGAUCAUGCCAAGCUUCACCAGCAAUACUCUCAACUCAAAAGGGUUAAUAAGCUUCUUGCCACCACAUGAUCAUAGACAUUUAAAUGAGGGGACAGAACAGCUGAUUGUCAACUAUUUUAUCAAAACAAUAAGCCUGUUUCUUUUGCACAUUGCAGCGCCCUGGUCUGCUAUGCAGUAUAACUAGCUAAACAGCAGGGUGUAGCAAUUAUACCUGAUUUUACUGCUUUCCUAAAGCAACAUGCCACUAGGAAUAUGUAGAAACAAGGUGAUAUGUAUGUUCUGUCAUACCUACAGUACUGUACAUGCUUUUCUAGCGCUAGCACUGUUCACAAGGAUGCUGUCAAUCAGUAUGUUGUCUGAUGCCCAUGCAAUACUGAUCAGGCAGAAAAUAGGAAUUUUACUAGCUUUAAGCUAUAAUUAAAUUGUAGUAGGGGAUAUCAUUUUAAAUUGUGUUGCCAGGGGCUUUAAAUUAGUGUGCAUAUACAAGCUUACAUAAUGGAUUCUGUUUUUCCUUUAUGCCUUUCUUGCCUUUUAAUUGCACACAGGUCAACUCCACUCAACUAAUUUAUGUAAUUAUGUAUCUGGUUUCACCAGCACUGUGUUGUUGUGCUGUUGUGUAUGACAGUUUGUUGUUUUAAAAUUAUAAAUAGGAAAUAGUGCCUUGUGUGUAAAUACUAAAUACAUGACCUGAAUUUAAACUUUGUAGCAUUUAAAGACUUAAUCACCAGGAAAUUAGCAGAGUUGUGUGUGCUAUGUGCUAAUGUGUUCAGUGAAGUAGAAUAUAUAAUGAUAGAAAAAAGGAAGUUCAACCACAUUGUGUAAAUAAAGAACAACAAUAAUGUCUGUGAACAUCAAGAGUCAUCCUGUUUCAGUUCUUCACAACAGUAUCUUUCCGCUAAGGCCUGUUGUACCCUCUGUAAAGCCAAUAACUGUGUUUACCACUGGUUGGAUAAUAGUCUCAGCUUCAGUAUAUAUAUUCAUCUCAUUUAAAUUCCAAAACUGACUGACAAGCAAGCAAUCACCCUGAGAGCACCAUCCCCACAGUGAGACAUGGUGGUGGUAGCAUCAUGAUGGCUUUCUGUCUAUUGCCCUUCUAACCCGGGCACUAACGUUUGGUGGAUGGUAGUCAUAGUUGUGCCAAAUUCUUUCCAUUUCAAAAUAAUGCAGCUAAUGGUAGGUUUUAAUAAUGGAGCUCUGUGGGAUGUUCAAAGUUUGGGAUUUUUAAAAUAAUAAUAAGUGAUGUAUAUUUUCUAGAACAUUGUUUUGAUAGCUCCUUGGUGUUCAUGAUGCUGUUUGUUUAGCUAUGUUCUCUAACAAACGCUGGGGUCUUCCAGGAAUAUACAAGUGUAUUUAUUUAAUUGCACACAGGUCGACUAUAUUCAACUAAUUAUGUGACUUAUGUGAUUUUACUAGCACUAAUUUAGGUGUUUCAGAGCAAAAGGGGUGAAUACUUGUGCAGUUACAUUUAUUUACAUUUAUUCAUUUAGCAGAAGCUUUUAUCCAAAGAUGUUUACAAAUGAGGACAAGCAAAGUGAUACAUCAGACAGAGAACAAUACAAGUAGUGCUCCCAUACAAGAUUUUUAAUUGAGUGCCAGAGGAGCAAAGUUCACAGAGUAGAGGUGUAAGAGCAGGUGUAAGUGCAGCUUUUUUCUUGAAUGUGACAAGUUAGGGGUUAGUUAAGUGUUCACUGAAGAGCUGGGUCUUUAGCCAUUUUUUGAAGAUAGUGGCAGAUUCUGCUGUACGGAUUGAGUUUGGAAGUUCAUUCCACCACUGAGGGACAGCCAGUUUGAAGGUUCUGGAAAGGGACUUCAUGCUUUGCUGAGUAAGCUCUACCAGGCAGGUUGUGGGAGGGAACAUAAAGUUCAAGGAAACUAUUGAGGUAGGGGGGUGCUGUUCCAGACGAGGUCUUGAAUUUGACGUGGGCAUCUAUAGGAAGCCAGCGGAGGGAGACGAAGAGGGGCAAUCGAAACUUUAAAUUUGCUUUCAUUUUGUUACCCCAAAAGUAUUGUUGUUGCAGGCUCCCCGGUUUGUUCUUAUGUCCACAUGGGUUUCUUAUGGGUUCUCCAGUUUCCUUCAACCUUGCAAAAGCAUGCCAGGUGACUCUAAACUGGCGUCUCAUUCCGGGAGUGUAUUCCUGUCUCACAUCCAGUGUUCCCGGGGUACACUCCAGACGCAUGGUGAUCCUGACCAGGAUGAAGGACUUGAAUGAAUGAAUGAAGGAAUGAUUUCUCCCACUUUCCCCACCCCCUAAAUCCCAAUCUAACCUCAGUCUAAGUCAGUGGU